CGAAGGCAUAAAAUAUCAAACACUCACACGAGUGUGCGAUAUUAUUUUAAAACUCUUUUUAUUGCUGCUUUGAUCCCACAAAGGGGAGCUUCUGUCAACCAUGAGUGAGAAAAGAAAGAAGUUUUAUAGGAAGUGUGGCAACAAGAAGCAUUGCAGUCAAAAUGAUCUGGAUGCUGACAUGCGAGGAUUCCUUGUCACAUGCAACACCCAUGAGCGAGAGACUGUGAGGGAAAUGUACAACCUCCUUAACGAAUAUGCUGAUAAGGUGUAUGGACCAGAAGUGACAGCCAUUAAGGAAGCAGCUGGAGAUGACACUGAUGAUGACGAUGAUGAUGACAUGGAAAAGGCUCUUGCUAAGGAGCGUGAAAACAUAAUAAAGAUGACAAAACAAACUCGGCGCUUCCAGAACACUAACACACACUGUAAAAAUAUCAUCUUCAUCCGCACCACCCUGGAGAAUCCCUGCCAGCUGGCACAUCAGAUAUUCCAGGAGAUGCUGGAUACUGGUAUACAGAAAGCUCGCUACUCCCUGAGGAUGACACCUAUAUCCCUAACCUGUAAGGCCAACAUGAAGACCAUUGAAAAAACACUCACAACAGUGCUGAAAGAGAGGUUUGAAACACCAUUUGGUGUAGGUAUACGCUAUACUGGAAUGGUCAAAGUAAGAAACAAUGAUUCCGUUAAAAGAACUACAGUUUUAUCUUUAAUAGACAGAACAGUCAAAGAGCUAAAUCCACUUCAUCAGAAAUGUGUUGAUGCCCCUGAAGUUGUGGUUAUAUUUGAAGUGAUCAGAAAUGUUGCUCUGAUCAGUGUGGUGGAGGACUAUGAACAGUUUCGGAAAUAUAAUUUUCACGAAGUCAUAAAGGUGGCGCAAAAGAGGUUCGAGCCUUCUGACGCUAAGAAAGAGGGUGAGACUGAAGCAAGUACUGAUAGUGCCAUGGUAGAGGAGGGGAACAAAGCAGAGAAUGCUAAAGGUGUUGGAAAUGAGAAAAGUGACACUGAGAGCAAUACUACAGAGAAAACUGAAUCUGAGCGUGUUGAAAAUGAAGAUAGUAACUGUAUAAACAAUGACUCAGUUGCCAAAUCUCCACAAAAUAAUGCUAUUCCUCAUGGUGAUCUUAAUGCAGAUAAAGAGCUACCUGUAUCUCCAAAUGAUGAAAAAGUUGGCAGCCAAUCAGAUUUAGUGACUGAAGAUAAAGCAACAACCAACCUUAUAUUGGAAACAGAUCAGAGUGAAUCAAAGGAGCAAAGCCCAAGUGUUCAUUGAAAAAAACAUGCCUAAAAUAUCAACCAGUGCAAUUACAUUUCAUAGAAUCUUAAUAGAGAUUAAACUAAAAAGGUCUUGCAUGUUUCCCAAUAAACAUGGUUAAUUAUAUCAUUAAUAUGUAUAAUUUGUUGAAAGUGAAUAAAUUCUGUUUAAUACGA